UAUAUGCUACUAAACAUGGGGUUUUUUGUUAUUUUGCUAUCGGAACUCUUUUAUGAUGCCUCAAAGUAUGAUGCUCUUGUUAUCCCUGGAGGUCGAGCUCCUGCAUAUUUAGCUUUGGAUGAUUCGGUCAUUGCCUUGGUGAAGGACUUCAUGGAGACCAAGAAGCCAGUUGCAUCCAUCUGCCAUGGUCAGCAGAUUUUAGCUGCUGCAAACUUUCUAAAGGGAAGAAAAUGUACUGCAUACCCUGCCGUGAAGCUCAAUGAAGGAAUGGUUAUGUAGUCUCAGAUUCAACUAAUGCCACAGUUGCAGUUUUUACCUUUCUGUUGAAUACAUCUUGCUGAUAAACUUGGACCAACAAUGGCUGUUCUGAGACAGGAAAUUCAUCAGAAACUAAACUCAAUUGUGGAGGAAUGCAUUGAUUGCAUGAAGCAGACAUAUUAUGUAUUGGUGGCUCUAUGUAAUCCACUUUUGAUAUGUAAUUUUAUAUAUUGUAAUUUGUGUUUUGUAAUGUAAUGUAUAAAUACUAAAUAAUGAAAUAUGUAGUGGUUGCAUUA